UUUCUUUUGCUUCCUCUGCUAUCUCGAACUGUUUUACCAAAUCAAAGCAUUGUCCAGAGAGUUUAUGACUUGACCUGACUUCGUACCUUCAGGUUUUUUAAAUCUUGAUGUCCAAAUUCAUGUUGACUAAGUUACCUUUGGUUGUCGGAUUUUACAAAGACUCAGGAAGGAGUAGCUGAAACGGAAAAAACACAGUUAUGGAUAGUUCAAAGAAAAAUCAGCAAAAGAGGAGGAGUUUGACCCCUUCCUCGAUGCCUCGAACACUCUGGUCCAUUGAAAGCCCCACUAGAGAUUUACAAUUGAGCAACGAUCAUAAGGCCGUGAACGUGCAAGUUGUGCUGCGUUGCAGGCCUCUGAAUGAAGAUGAAAUCAAGGCGAGAACACACCUAGUGGUUUCGUGCGACGAGCUCAAACGAGAAGUAACUGCAACUCAAUACAUGGCUUACAAGCAAACAGAUAGAACCUUAGUGUUUGACAAGGUGUUUGGUCCAGCAUCACAGCAACAAGAGUUGUACGAUAAUGUUGUGGCGCCUGUUGUUAAUGAAGUUCUUGAAGGAUACAGUUGGACAAUAUUUGCUUAUGGCCAGACGGGAACGGGCAAGACUUACACGAUGGAAGGUGAAGGACGAAAAGAGAAGAACGGGAAACUGCAUGAGAAUGCCGGUGUUAUUCCAAGAGCUGUCCAGCAAAUUUUUGAUGUUUUGGAAAGUGAAAGAGCUGAUUACAGCAUCAAAGUGACGUUUUUGGAGCUUUACAAUGAAGAAAUAACUGAUCUUUUGGCUGUGGACAAGGGAUUAAAUUCCUUAUAUGAUGAACCCAAAAGAUCGUUACUUCUCAUGGAAGAUGGAAAAGGCGCCAUCUUUGUUAGAGGAUUGGAGGAAGAGAUAGUGUCAACUGCGGAUGAAAUAUAUGCAAUUUUGGAUAGAGGGUCAGCCAAGAAGCAUACGGCAGAGACCCUUCUCAACAAACAAAGCAACCGUUCUCACUCUAUAUUUUCCAUCACAAUUCAAAGUAAGCAGUAUAAUUCAGAUGGAUCAGAGCUGAUCAAGUGUGGCAAGUUGAAUCUUGUCGACCUUGCUGGAUCAGAGAACAUCCUACGAUCCGGUGCAAGAGAUGAAAGAGCAAGGGAAGCUGGUGAGAUCAAUAAAAGCUUGCUCACACUCGGCCGUGUUAUCAAUGCAUUGACAGAGAACUCUGUUCAUGUCCCGUACAGGCAUAGCAAAUUGACAAGGUUGUUGAGGGAUUCACUUGGAGGUAAGACGAAGACAUGCAUAAUCGCAACAGUUUCACCAUCCGUUCUCUCUCAGGAAGAGACUCUCAGCACUCUUGAUUAUGCGUUUCGUGCUAAAAGUAUCAAGAACAGACCAGAGGUGAACCGAAAAGUUGUGAAAUCUACACUGAUAAAAGAUUUGUACUCUCAGAUAGACCGUCUCAAACAAGAAUUACAUGCAGCAAGGGAAAAGAAUGGUGUUUAUGUACCCCAGGACAAGGAACAUAGCCAGGAGGCAACCAGGAAGCAACUGAUGGAGCUACAAGAACUUUACAUGUAUCAGCAACAGUUAACAGUAGAUUUAAAAGAUAAGCUUGAAAGCACACAGAGAGAACUAAUGAAGACUCGAGAAUCAUUGUUUAAUCUAGAAGGUCAAUAUCGACAAGCGAAAGACAAAGAUAAGGAGGCGAUGAUAUUCAAUAUCCUUUGCUCUGGAAAAGCACUCACUGAGAGAGCACUUGAACUUCGAUCGGACCUUGAGAGUGCAGCAUCUGAUGUAUCAACCCUGUUUGCCAGAAUUGAACGCAAGAACGACUUGGAAGAAAGAAACAGAUACCACAUUCAGAAAUUUCACUCUCAGUUAGCUCACCAGCUCGAAGAGUUGGAUAAAGUUGUAUCAGCUUCAGCGACACGCCAAGAACAGAAUUGGGAAGCGAUUCAAGAAAAUGCACGAUCUUUAUUAACUUCAAAAGCUGCGGCGAUGGAGGAGCUGCUCAAACAGAUCCAAGAUCUCAAAGAUCUGUAUACGUCCAGUUUUAAACGUUUGGAUGACUCAGCCGAAGAACUAUAUCAAAAUUCUGAACUCGCCUUCAGUAGAUUGAGGUCUGAAUUAUCGGCUCAUUCUUCUUGCAUUAUGGAUCUUAUCAUGAAAAGUUCAUCAGAUGCUGAUACAAUAAGUAAUGGUCUGAAAAUCAACCUAAACAAUCUUGGAUCAAGAAUCGAAUCAUUUAUACAGCAACAGCAUGAGAAUCACAUGAGGACUUACCAGACAUCCAAGUCCAUUUCUGAAAGUCUUCUUAGUUUCUUCAAGACUUUAAGGAUUUACAUUUCCAAAUUGACACUCAUGGAAGAAGAUUCUCAAACCAUCACUAGCCAGAAGCUGCGUGCCUUGACGAAGACGUUUGAGGAGUUUGCUGUUGGUGAACAAAGGCUUUUAGCAGAACAAAUAGCAGAGCUACUAACAAGUUCAAGUUCUAGAAAGAAAAAACUGAUUCAAACAGCAGUAGAUGACAUACUAGAGAGCGCCCGUGAAAGAACCGAAAAGCUAAAUCAGGAAAUAUCCGACGUGCAAAAUAUCACUGCUGAUGCUGAAGAAAAGUGGACUAAUUACGUUGAGACAACAGAAGGUAACUAUGGGGAAAACUCUGCUGCAAUAGAAGCUGGAAAGGGCAAUCUUGCAAAAGGCCUUCAACUUUGCAUAACAAAGUCGUCAGAGGUUGCAGAACAACGGCGAGUUGCUGAAGAAUCCCUUUUAGACCUGCUCCAGGAAAAUGUCGACGCAGUCAUUUCUUUUAUUGAGAAUGGUACGGAAGAGAAUGAAAAGAUCCACGCUCGAUUUUCAUCUAUUGCCCCAUCGGUUUUUGAAGAAACAGAUGAAGUUAGGAAAAAACUUGUGUUGUCGGUAGAAUAUCCAGUGAGACUAGACCAUGAAUCAUUGGACAAAAUCAAUGUCUUAAGUGCUUGUUGUCUCGACAACAUGAAAGAAACGAACAACAUCCACUCCGAGAAAGUGAUGGAGAUUUCAAGAACUGCAAGAAAAUCACUUGUUGAUGAUUACUUGGUGGAAGGUUCUUCAUGUUUGAGUCCAAAGAAGAGAAACUACAAUCUACCAAGCAAAGAAUGUGUCGAGGAUUUUAUCAAUCGCUCGUUCAGAGAUCCACUGCAAGCAUCAUCCAGACCUGAUGCAAUUGCAGAGUAAAUCAAAUGUUAAUAUAAGUGAAUUCAUCACAACUUUGCUUAGAUAGAGUCAGAAAAGGUCUUGCUUCAGUUAUGCAUGGUGAUCAAACAUUCAUGCAAACAAGUAGACAAUCAUAAUAGAAAAACUAACAAUCACAUCUUGGUCUCUCAAUAGGCUUUCCAACAUGUCAACUCAAUUGCUUAGAUUUUCUAGUCCACUUCAUUUAAACAUAUAUUGUUCAUUUCCGUACGAGGUGAACCACCCAUUGGGCUCGUGGCUGCUAAUAAUAAUCCCACACGAAGCCUACGAGGUAUCCCCAACACCACUGGAUUUGAGGCUAAUCUCCACACACGGUUCAUGGUUGUCUUAACCCGAGGAAAUAUUGCACCCGAUUAGUUUCGAACCCGGGAUUGUUCGCUAAAUAGAUCGACUCUACACAUUUAAACGCUUUGGGCCUUACACC